AUGUCCGUGCAACAUUCACCGACCAAGAGCAGCCAGCAGCCAACCAUGGAAGAUGUGAAGACCUUCGUUCAUCAGCGUGGGCAGGUAAGGGGUGAGGUCACCGCAAUCUUCAACACGUUGGAGAGAGCGGAGGACGACCCCUCCCAGGAGGUGCUGAGGCUUGUUCCUCCGGCCAAACUCGAUGAACAAGAUGAAAAGUUGAACGAGUUUGAUCGGAUUCAUACGGAUGCUCUUGUUCGUUUGGAAGGCUUAAUGGAAGCUCUUCAAAAGAAUCCUCGUGAUUCUAAUGUCGUGCAAACGCAAUCCGAUUCUUCCAGAAUCAUUAUCCAACAAGCACCGCUUAAAGCUCCCAUCCCAACAUUCGAUGGGAAGUAUGAAAAUUGGCCUCGUUUCAAGGCGAUGUUUGAAGACAUCGUCGGCAAGGGAUCGGAUUCCGAUUCCAUCAAACUACACCAUCUUGAAAAGUCGUUGAUUGGUGCCGCAUCCGGGAUCAUUGAUUCCAAAACUUUGGCGGACAACAAUUACAAGCAUGCGUGGACGAUUUUGACCGAACGGUAUGAAAAUCCUCGCAUUAUCAUCGACACGCACAUUUCAGAACUUUUGGGGAUGAAGAAAAUGAACAGGGAAUCUCACAGGGAACUGAGGGAGUUGAUUGAUACGUGUACUCGGAACAUUGAGGGUCUUAAGUUCAUGAAACAGCCAGUGGAAGCGACCGCUGGACUGAUUAUCAAUAAAAUUUUGGUGUCUUGUCUGGACCCAGCAACACGUAAACAGUGGGAACGUACUCUCAAUCAUGGUGAUUUGCAAGAUUUGGAUGAUACUUUGUUGUUUCUGAAGGAUCAGUGUCGUGUUUUGGAGCGGUGUGAGGUGGACAAUCCAUCUUCCGCUAAAUCUCAACCAGGGAAGUUGUCUCAGUCUAGUGUUAAACCUGCUAGCGUCAAAGUUCACUCGGCAACGCCGGAUGCUAGUAACGAGUCGUGCAGUUUUUGUGGAAAAUCGCACUUCAGCUAUCAAUGUCCUGAAUUUCGUAAGCUUUCCAUCUCGGAGCGCGUUAGUAAGGUGAAGGAAUCUCGUUCGUGUUUCAACUGUCUUCGUCGUGGGCACAAUUCUGUCAAUUGUUCGUCGAAAAACCGUUGUUCGAAAUGUGGUAAGCGGCAUCACUCCUUGCUACACGAUGAUGGAUCUAAGUCCGAUCAAAGUGUGAGCCCGCCCGCGUCGGCUCAGAAGCCUACUGAUGCCGUUCAGAAGCCAGUCCCUGAUCCGCCGCAGUCCUCGAAUACAGAUUCUGUUCAGUCAGCUACUGUGUCUUCGUCGUGUUCACAGAGCGUUGCACUCCCAAAUGUUUUGUUGUUGACUGCUAUGGUGCAUCUGCUCGAUAAAUCUGGUCAUCCUGUGCCUUGCCGAGCCUUUCUAGAUUGUGGGGCUCAAACGAACUUGCUUUCUACCGCUAUGUUCGUAAAGUUAGGGUUUGAUGGUCUUCCUGUGAAUGUCGAUAUCGUCGGCGUCAGCUCCACCCGCAGUAAGUCUAACUGUCUGGUCGAUGUGAGUCUACGUUCGCAGUACAGCGACUAUCAAACAAUCCUUCAGUGCUUGGUCACCGCGAAAAUCACAAAUCCGUUGCCGUCCCAGUCAAUCGACAUUUCUGAGUGGAAUAUUCCCUCCAAUAUCAAGUUGGCCGAUCCUAAUUUCAAUGUUCCAGCCGCAGUAGACUUACUGAUCGGGAUGGGUCAUUUCUUUGAGCUCUUGAAGAUAGGCCAUAUCGUUCUUGCUGAGGGCCUUCCCGAGUUGCGUGAGACUGAGCUAGGAUGGGUGAUUGCUGGUGAAAUCCGUGCUGAGGCACCGGCUUUGGUCAAUGUCACACAGGUGAGUUGCGUUGCUAUCGAGUCGCUCAACGAGACAAUCAAGCGUUUUUGGGAGAUUGAGGAGGUUGAAGUUUAUUCCACUCCCACAGGAGAAGAAGAAGAGUGUGAGGAAUUGUUCCGUAGCUCGUAUAGGCGUGAUGUUAACGGUAGAUACAUUGUGAACUACCUCUUCGCGAAAAUACGGUUGCUGAAGGAUCCCGAACUCCGUCUGCAAUACUCUAACUUCAUCGAAGAGUACAAAUCUCUUGGUCACUGCAAAGAAGUUAUUGAGGCGCACGAUGUCGCUGGACAAUUGAAGUACUACAUGCCGCAUCACGCCGUUUACAGGCCGUCGAGCACAAGCACAAAAUUAAGGGUGGUGUUUGAUGUGUCGGCGAAACCGCCGUCUGGAGUGUCUCUCAACGAUGUGUUGAAGAUAGGCCCCGUCGUUCAGAACGACUUGAUGUCAAUUCUAUUGAGAUUUCGUAAACAUCCUUUCGUCUUUACCGCUGAUAUUCAAAAAAUGUAUCGGCAGAUUUUGAUUGAUCCUGAACAGACCUCGUUGCAGAGAAUUUUCUGGCGGUCCAACCCAACGGAUCCCGUCAAGGUUCUCGAGUUAGUGACUGUUACGUACGGUACUUCUGCUGCUCCGUUCUUGGCAACUAGGUCGCUUGUUCAACUUAGUGUUGAUGAAGGAGCCGAUUUCCCUCUUGCAGCUCGCGUGAUACAAGAGGACUGCUAUGUUGAUGAUGUGUUGUCGGGAGCGAAAACCAUUCAAGAAGCCAUUGAAUGUCGUCAACAGCUCCAAACGUUACUAGCCAGGGGUGGUUUUCCGGUGCAUAAGUGGUGCGCCAACGAUGAAACGAUUCUUCAGGAUGUCCCUGAGGAUGAGCGCGAGAAACUAGUUCUCCUUGAUGAUCUGUCGGCAAAUGAGGUGAUGAAGACUCUUGGAUUAACGUGGAAUCCGAGGAGCGAUGAGUUUCUUUUCUGUCAGUCUGCUUCGUCCGAAGAUUCAGCUGUGACGAAGCGCCAGCUAUUCUCUGAAGUAGCGAAAAUGUUUGACCCGCUAGGCCUACUCGCCCCAAUUACCGUUCCAGCUAAGCGUUUGAUGCAGCAAACUCAGAUUGUCCUCUCGUGGUUACAAAAGGCGCCAGCGAAAUUGCAGCCAUUCGUUCAGAAUCGUGUGGUGGAGAUAUCAAGGGACUGCGGUCUCUAUAAAUGGGGUUACGUCAGGUCCAAGGACAACCCGGCCGAUGUGAUCUCCCGCGGUCAGCUCCCCGGCACUUUGAAGGAAAACUCGCUAUGGUGGGAAGGACCUCCGUUUCUCCAAUCAAGGAUGUACGAAUCACCAGUUCUUGAUCAACUUCCUGAUGAUUUGAUGCCUGAAAUGAAACCAGCUUUGGUCAUGGUAAUGCCCGUAGUGAAUUGUGAUGAUCUUCCACUCUUCAAGAAAUUCGGAUCCCUGCGUAAACUUCAACGUGUUCUUGCCUACGUUCAGCGAUUUCUGAAGAAUUGCCGUACCAAGAAUCCGGAGCAUCGUGUCAAAAGUAGUUGUCUAUCCGUCUCCGAGCUUCGGUCUGCUCUCCAUACAAUUGUGCUAGUGAUUCAACACGAAUCGUUGCCUGAAGAAAUCGAAAGAGUCGAGAAUGGAGAACCGUCUAAAAGGUUGAAAGCUCUCGGCCCGUUUUUGCAUAACGGAGCCUUGCGAGUGGGUGGGCGUAUUCAGAAGUCACGAAUGUCGUUUGAUGCCAAACAUCAAUACAUCUUGCCAAGGCAUCCACUCACCGAUUUGAUUAUCCGCGAAUAUCAUUUGGAACAUUUGCACAUUGGUCCGUCUGGUCUUUUGUCAGCUCUUCGUCAACGCUUCUGGUUGUUGGGUUCUCGUUCUGCUGUAAGGAAGAUAACCAGGGGGUGUGUGGAGUGUUUCCGGGUGAAGCCACAAGGUGUGGCGCAGUACAUGGGCAACUUGCCACAAAGUCGCGUAACGCCAUCCGCACCGUUUGAGGUCACCGGAGUGGAUUACGCGGGGCCCUUCCUGAUCAGACAAGCAUGUCGGAAAACUGUUCAUGUCAAGGCGUAUUUAUGUGUGUUCGUUUGCUUGGUGACGAAGUCUCUCCACUUAGAGCUUGUUUCGGACAUGUCGACUGCUGCCUUUAUUGCUGCGUUGCAAAGGUUCAUCAGUCGCAGGGGAAUAGUCCGUGAAAUUCACUCCGACAAUGGCAGCAAUUUUCGUGGGGCUAAAGCCGAGCUUCAUGAGUUGUAUUUGUUGUUUCGUGAGAAUGUCGCUAUCAACCAGAUCGAGACGUUUUGCCAGAAUAAAGAAAUAAGCUGGCAUUUUAUUCCGCCUGAUGCUCCUGAAUUCGGCGGGAUGUGGGAAGCUUCAGUGAAAAGCACGAAAUAUCACCUGAAGCGUAUCCUCAAAGGAACUCCGUUAACCUUUGAAGAGAUGUAUACCCUAUUGACCCAGGUCGAAGCCAUUUUGAACUCGCGACCUCUCUUCUCGCAUUCGGACGAUCCCGCUGAGGGUGAAGUAAUCACUCCAGCUCAUUUUCUAAUUGGCCGCCCGUUGACGGCCGUUCCUGAGCCCUCCUAUGAGGGUCUCAAUCAAAACCGUUUAUCGAAAUGGCAGCACCUGCAACAGAUGAGGGAACAUUUUUGGAGGUCGUGGGUGCACGACUAUCUGGUGAGUCUGCAGCCUAGGGGAAAGAACUUCGUUCGCUUUCCGAAUGUUCGUCCAGGUAUAGUAGUUUUGAUGGAAGAUAAGACUCUUCCGCCCCAACAGUGGAAGCUAGGGCGAAUCGUUCAUGUCUAUCCUGGGGAAGAUAAUUUUGUAAGGGUAGUCGAUAUCAAGGUGGGAAAUGCGGUUUAUAGACGUCCGAUAACUAAAAUUUCGAUUCUUCCAAUAGAAGACAAUAGUCGCAUUGGGGGGCCUCAGGAUUCCGGCAGCGAUCGCCCGGGGGAGGAUGUUCGCAACAGCGAAGAUUUGACGUCGAUCCAAAUCGGCGGAUCCGCGCGACGCUAG